AUGCCGCUGUACGUGUGUCUUACGGCCGAUGUGUGGUCAACGUCAACUAAGAGCUACCUGGGUGUGACGGCCCACUGGAUAUCGGAAGCGACACUAGAACGACAAUCCGCCGCACUUGCCUGUAGGAGAUUUGCUGGCACCCACUCUUACGACAGAGUCGCCGAGUUGCUCUCGGACGUUUGCACAGACUACUGCCUGCCUACAGGAAAGAUUACUGGCACGGUCACGGAUAACGCAACAAAUUUUGUGAAGGCAUUCAAGGAAUUUGGCGUAACGGCCUUCGAAGAAGCGUGUGCUGCAGAUUCCGAGGAUUUUGAGCUCGUCACGUUUGAGGAGAUCGAGCCCCCAGGCCCGCUUUUGUCACAGCACCUGCGGUGCGCCUGUCACACGCUCAGUUUAAUCGCAACGGCGGACGUCAAGAAAGCUAUCAGUGCGAACCAUGCUUUGAACCGCCUCCAUUCCAGCGUCAUGAGUAAGUGCUCGAAAUACUGGGGCGCCUCGGGUCGGCCAAAAUCAGCGGAAGUCGUUACAUCUAUCCUUGGCAAGCAACUACCAGCCCCUUGCAUCACUCGCUGGAACUCUCUGCACCACGCCUUGGACGUCCUCACCCAGAACAAGGAGAAAUUACAAGACCUCUCGAACGAGCUCCAGCUACCCUCCUUGAAGUCCUCGGAGAUUGAGUUUAUUGAGGAAUAUUGUACCAUACUCAAGCCAAUUGCUACAGGUAGAUAGUGUGUAAUGCUCAACAACCUAAUUAGCUCGAAAUUUAUGAUAUGAAUAAUAGCCUGCCACAAAGCGAAAUAAAGCAGCAACGCAGGCGAGUUGGUUCAUGACCUAAUAAAUUAAAAACAGUGCGCAAAAAAGAA